AAAAACACAACAAAGGAAAAACAGAAACAGAAAAAGCAAAAACAAAAUCGUGUGUGUGUGUGUGGCAGUAGGAUAGGCCUCAUUUAAUAAUUGUGUUCCCCAUUCUCACAAUCUCACUUCUCUCCCCCGCAGCGCGUCUAAUAGACAAAGGGUUGUUUCUGUUUUUGUUUCGUUUUUCUGAUAUCUUCAUUAAUGCACGUCGCGCUUUUCGGUGGUGUUGUUCGUUUCUUGAAGCUGUCCCCCUGCGCUCACGCUGCCUUUCUUCAGUGAAUCCUCCCCACGCCUCGGCCUCCACGUGUUCGACGAAAUGCCUGAACGAUGCUUUCCUUCAUUCCCGCCUCGAAUCGCUUCGCCUUCUCGCCUUGCGCCGACGCUGGUUUGAAUUGCCCUGUCGCCGCCGCGUUUCGUCCGGUCGUUUACGUGGUUGAGCUCAGAAGGAGAAGACCGAAGUGGACCUUCUGCCUCAAUCUUGCUGCGGCGAGGGAGAGUGGGCUUCUAGGGUUUUCUAAUUUCCAAGGAGCUUGGCGGUCAGGGUUUGUGAGGCGGUGUACGGUCUGGGAAGGAGGAGGUGACUUAGCUUUGGAGGCUGAAAUUUUGGAGUUCAUGAAGAAAUCUAGGAAUCCUGCAGCUUUUCCCACCAAGAAAGAGCUUCUUGUGGCUGGGAGGAUUGAUUUGGUGGAGGCUAUUGUGAAGCAGGGCGGUUGGCUUUCUUUGGGUUGGGAUUUGGACGAGGCGGCUGCCGUUGGAGGUGACGAAGUUUCGAAUGAUAAUGGUAGCUUAGUUGGCGGUGGCAGUGAAGCAAUCCAAGAUAAUGCUAAUAGUAGUCCAGAGAGUGAUGCGUUGGCGAGCAGAGUUUCUCGGACGUCUUCUGCUAAUUCCUGUCACGUAACCACCUCGUCUGGUAGAUCACUAGAAACGGCAUCUGCCGACGAUAUGGGGAUUGAGGGUAUAUUGAAUCGAUUGGAGAAACAAAGAAAUAUGUCCUUUGGCCCUGGAUUGAAAGAGAGAGAAAAUAGCAGUCAUGUGUUCAGUAAUGAUGGUGGAGAGGACUGGCGUCCUGGCAUACCAGAUGAAGUUGCUGACCUUGAAAGAAGCAGCCAACCUAUGAUAAGCCCCGACAAUGGGCAGCUCAAUGAUCUGAGGCAUAUGCUCAGUCAGAACAUAUCUUUAUCUAACUUUGAUGAUUGGAAAAACUCACACAAGCCAGAAAUGUGGAGAACUUGGAGCACUCAGAGGGCAGGACUUUCAGGCAUGGAAUUUGAAGCUGGUGAAAUUGCUUUUGAUGAGAGUAGAACAGGAGGGGCAACCAAUUGUUUGAAAGAUGAAAUUGUUUCAGUAACAGCCAGUGCUGGUGAAACUUUAGACGGAAACAAAGAAUUGAACUCUUCUGGUGGAGAAAUUAGACCCAAUCAAAUACUAAGUCGCCUUCAGCACCUGGAGUCGGAGCUUUCUUCUGCACUUCACUUAUUGAGGUCUAAAAGGGAUGAAGUUGUUUUGCAGAAGGGUCUUGAGGGCUCUUUGGAGAAUUUGCAGACUCUUUCUGAUGCAUGCGAAUUCCAGGAGAAUGAGAUCAUGAAUGCCCAGGACCGUUUACGUUCAAUACGUGCAAAAUUAGCAGUAUUAGAAGGAAAGAUGGCAUUAGCAAUAAUUGAUGCACAAAAGAUUGCAGAAGAGAAGCAAAAGAAGAUUGAUGAUGCUCAUAAAGCUUUACACCUUCUCCGAACUACCUGCAUAGUUUGGCCUAAUUCAGCCUCAGAGGUUCUUUUGGCAGGAUCCUAUGAUGGUUGGGCUACACAGAGAAAGAUGGAGAGGUCCUCUACAGGUAUCUUUUCCCUGUGCCUGAAGUUGUAUCCAGGUAGAUAUGAGAUCAAGUUUGUUAUUGAUGGAACAUGGAGGAUCGAUCCCCUUCGCCCUAUUGUCAAUAACAAUGGAUAUGAGAACAAUCUACUUAUCAUCACAUGAAGGCUUCAGAUCAGAGAGCAAGGGUAGGCACAUGAUAUUGUUCAGAUGUUAGCAUAGUCGCAGUUGGUGUUGUGAGGCAAGGCAUGAGUAUUGUAGCUGUAAAAAUGACAUGAUAUUGUUCGGAUGGGUAGCAUAGUCGCAGUCGGUGUUGUGAGGCGAGGCAUGAGUAUUUGUAGCUGUAAAAAUGGGCAGUGGAUAACAAUUUCCUAACAAUUCUUUUUUACCUGGACAAAUUACUCCAUUGCAGCAGCUAAAUUUCAGCUUCUUCUGCUCAUUUUGUUUUUCUUUUCUAGAUGUGAACUAGAUAUUUGUAUGUACUCCUUGGAGGUAAUCUGAUUCAAUCAUUUUUGGUUUUUGAAA